CCAAAGCCGCAAGCUAGCACACACGAAGCCGACACCUCACCAGCAACACACAGCGUCGACAAUGUCCUACAACACUCCCUUCACCCGCGCCCCCUCCAUCCUGGAGCUCAUGUUCACGUCGCCUCUCUCUGGCCCUUCUGGUCCGCACCGUGACGACGGCACCAUUUUCGUGUACGACAACGCUCACGACGUCGAGGAGGCUGCCGCCCGUCAGCAUCGUCACAUCGAGCAACAGAGGAGGGACCAGCAUCGCGAGCUGGAGCAGCGCAAGAAGCACGAGCAGCAACAGGGAAGCAAACACUCGACCGUGGCCAAGGGUCAGGGCAGCGGACAGCACGCAGGUCAUCAUCAGACUCUCGCCCAGCAGCAGCAGCAGCAGAAGCGUCAGGCCGCUGCCACUUGGCCAUACCACCCUUUCUUCAGCCAUCCGCUCUUCAAUGCCAACGACUACGGCAACGGCGUCUUUGGCGGUCCUCUCCUCACUGGGCCCUUGCUUCCCAACCAUUCUGCCCUCGCCACAGCAGCCAAGGUCCCGACCUUGUCCCACUCGACUCUCUCCUCCUUCUCGCCCCGCAUUGACGUUCACGAGGACGAAAACAAGUUUCAGCUAAGCGCCGAACUCCCCGGCAUGCCUUGCGACGCUGUCAAGGUACACGUGGACGAUGAAGGCCGAACGAUCAGUAUCGAGGGGGAGAUGAGGAAGGAGUACGACUCCCGCGACCUCGCCUCCGCCAAGAAAAGCAGCAGCAAGGGCGGGGACAAUGCCAGCGAGGCCACCUCCUCCUCCACCUCGAGCGACAAGCAGGCCCAGCCUCGCAUCCACGGCCACGUAACGGAGCGUCUCUACGGUCAUUUCUCUCGUUCCCUUUGGCUUCCCGAGAGCGCUGAGCUGGACAAGAUCUCGGCGAGCUUCAAGGAUGGACUGCUUCGUAUCAAUGUACCUAAGAAGGAGACCAAGAAGAAUGGAGAAGGGGAGGAGAAGGAGGAAGUGAAGAAGAGGAAGGUUACGAUCGAGGAGGUGCAGGAGUGAGGUGGUCAAGGGGGCACUGGACGAUUUGAAGAGUCGCGGGAAACGGGAAAGGCAGGAGACGACGUCAUAUAUCCAUCAGCUCUGGAGCACGACAAGCAUGGCCGAAGCGAUCAUCGCCAUCGCUCAUACACG